AUGGGCUCUAGGUGUGAAGAUCAUUGGCAGUGGGACUUUCACGUUACUGCUAUCAUCCUGCUGGACAACCCAGAACUAAUGCAGGAGGCCAUGGAAUUGAUGGAGAUUCUGGGCGGAAUCUGUCCAACGGUAGGGGCGGUGGACUCAAUAAAGUGGUGGCCUAGCACGGAAGGUUGUUUCACAGUCAAAAGCUGUUGUUCAUUGAUGAGGGUCCGUCAUUUAGAAGAAGAGGUCGAAGCGAACAAGCUGGCAGCAAUAAAAUGGGUGUGGGAAGCUGCAGUUCCGUCCAAAAUAAAGGUGUUCGGCUGGAGGUUUUUCUUAAACAGAUUACCAUCAAAGGAUCAACUCGUGAGGAGGAAUAUUCUACAUAGGGAGGAAGAUAAAAUGUGUGUUAUGUGCUCAGGAGAAUAUGAGGAUUUGGUUCACUUAAGUUUCUUGUGUCCUUUUGCUAAGAAUGUGUGGAUUAUGAUAGGAUUAUGGCUAGACAUUAUGCUAGAUGUUUCUGUGGCUGGUCACCUUCAUUUAGCACAUUUUUUGCAGGUUUUGAAGGGUAGAAUAAAAAGGAAGAAGUUAUGCUUGAUUUGGCUUACAACGGUCUGGGUCAUUUGGAAUUCAAGAAACAACAUCAUCUUCAACAACUCUCCAUUAGUUUUAGAUGAUGUUAUCACGAGCAUCAAGUCGGUUUCUUGGAUUUGGCUUUCAGUUGGUUCGUCAAAGAGCCCUUUUAUCUCUUUUUACUCUUGGUAUCAAGCUCCUUUGGAGGCUUUAAAAUAUGUGUAA